GAUGAACGACGCAGUUGUGUUUCUUGUACGAUGGCUGUGUUAACCAACAGGUUUAAUCCAGAGUGAGUGAAGCGCAUUGUAUAACCAACGUUCUCUUGUUUAUAAUUACAUAACUUGUGAGCAGCCACCAUUACCACAUUCUUUGAUAGGGAAACAUUUAUGUCAACAGGUUAUAUUUAUGGCUAACCUUUAAUGCGUUUUGUGCUGAUCGUUAUCUUCGCCCGCCGCACGUCUAAAUAAAGAAUAGGGAAAAGCAUUAUAGUUAUAAGAAAUCACCCACCCGUGGCAGACCAGUUAUCGACCGUUGAAUUUGAGCUUUGUUUAAACCUUUUGAAUUGUGAAGCCCUUUCCAGAGAAAAGAAAACUCCAUAAAAAGGCCAUUGAGGCCUAGAUAAAGGCCCUAAAGUCCUAUACUUAGUUUUAUAAGUAAAUAGUUGUAAGGAGAUUGAUGGUGCUGCAGGCGAGCCCUUGAAAAGAGCACAUGUUGUGAACAAAUCGAUUAGAGAACUGUGAACCGAAGACUUUUUUUUUUUAUUUCAGCCAUUAUAGCCUAAUAAUAAUAAAUAGAUAGAAAAAUAAUAAAUGAUUUGGCGAAAAUAAUAAUGAUGUUUAACCAGUGGACGUAGAAUCUUUUUUGGGAAAUAGACUGGGAACAUACGUCAUUCAUUUUGUUUGACUCUAACGGCGAUCCUAAUGAGGCGUCUCUUAUUUCAAUUUACUAAUAUUUAGUCCAUAAAAAACAUUUAUAUACACUUAUAAAUAAAAAAUGAUGGUUAAAAAACACAUUUUUAAGAGACUUUUGCUAAUGUGAAUUUUUUUCCUCUGCGUGUUUUUCCUGUGACUUUUUUAAUUUGACUUUUUUUCCAGUGACUUUAGUUCCUGUGAAAUUUUUUUCGAGAUUCUUGCCGCUCAUCACGGGAAAUAACUUUUACUAUAACUAAUACUGAUACACAUAAGUUUUUUUUUUUUUCCUCUCUGCUCCUUCUAAACCGAAGAGUGGGGUUUUUCUUUUCAAUAACUUGAAAUACGUUUUCUUUUUUUUUUUUUUUUACAAUAUAUUUUACUCCAGAUUGAUGAAUUCCUUCUACCAAUGUAUACUGCCUAGUCGCUUACGGGUUGUAGGUCGAGUCACAGAGAUAGUUUAAAGCACUGUCCUAGAGCCAAAAAAUUGUUAACAUUAACUAUAAGAUCGUUGCUACAAAGAUUCGCUUUGUAGCAUAUAAGAUACGAUCCGAAUUUCAAUUGUUACAACUUGUACUUUAUUACCAUUUAAUGUUACUCUUUCUUUGCAGUCUUCAUUAGUGUAAAAGAAAAUAAAUGGCCUCCGGAAGUUUCAACAAGCUGGGGAUUUUUUCACCCAAUCGCGUGAAAGCCGUUUUGAAAGCCGCCAGCUCAGACGACGAAAGUGCGCUGAAGGCCGCGUUGAACAAUUAUGACGUCAACACCGUGUCCUCAAACGGCAAGACUCUCCUCGACUUUGCAGUUGAAAGGGGAAAUAAAACAGCUUUGGAAAAUUUGUUAAAGGCAGGAGCGGAUGUGAAUUUAUCCAAAAAAUCUCUGCUAAAAGCAUCAAAACGAGGCUAUGACGAUUGCGUAGAUGUCCUUUUACAAGCAGGGGCUGAUGUCAACCAUAAAAACUCGUCUGGCGACACAGCUCUCCAUCUGGCUUCCAGCAAAGGACAUUUUCAAUGUUCAAAAUCUCUCCUAAAGAAGGGAGCAAAGGUGGAUGCAGAGAACGAAAAGGGAGAAACAGCAUUUGCAAGGGCGUGUCGUAAGGGUCGUCGCCCCUGCAUAGUUACACUUUUGGAAUCGGGCGCAGAUUUCAUAUCAUCUCAUGUAAAAAAUGUGCCCCAGUUUGUGUCUUACUUAGAGAGUUGCGCCGAUUUGCUGAAAACGGAAGGAAAAAUCAACGAAAAAGAUUGUCAUGGCAUGACAUUGCUGAUGUACGCUGCCUCUAGUUUGUCUGUGAAAUGCGUCACACACUUGCUCCACUGCGGGUCAGAUCCUGAUUUGCAGAACAAAGAUCUUAAAACGGCGCUAAUGUUUGCCUUUUGCGACUGUUAUUAUCUGUCCAAGCUGACUUUCUUGAAUCGGGAAGCCCCGGUCUCAACAACUUUUGUGAAACUGCUAGCGGGGAAAAGCAAGGCCGUCACAGACGACUUCUGUAAAACGGCCCUGAUGCACGCCCUGGCGUCUAAGAGGCCCUUGGACGAUGGUCUCAUCGAGUAUCUGGCAGAAGGAUGCGUGGAUUUUGUCGACAGGUUUCAGAAAACCGCACUGAUGUAUGCCAUCGUGAAUGAACGUGAGCUUUCUGAGUGUUUAAUCACUUGCCUUCGAGGCAACACGCUGGAUCGACAAGACAGUGAGGGCAAAACAGCGGUCAUGCUUGCCGGUGACAAGUUAUCAACAAGACAAUUUCAUUUUCUGCUCGGGACACACGUGAAUGCCCCUGACAACAUGGGACGCCACGCCUUGUUUUAUGUCAAGUAUAACAUCGAGUUAAUCACGGAAUGCGUUCGCGGUGGAAUGGACGUAAACCAACGGGAUUACAAUGGGAUGACUGCGUUAAUGGACGCACUAUCGCACAACCCGUAUUUGACACACGAUGCUGUACAAAGUCUCGUCGGCGACACCGUAACGACGAAAGACAAAAGAGGACGAUCCGCGCUGAUGUUUGCCAGGACUACAGCCCACAUUGCGCAGUUGCUAGAGCUAGGGUUUGACGUGAACCUUCAGGACGUGGAUGGGAGAACCCCGUUAAUGCACGGCAUUAUGCAUCGUGCUGAGUCCUCCGUCCUGGAACUUCUCGUCGGCGAAGACGUCAACGUACGUGACAAGCAAGGGCGAACUGCACUGAUGUACGCUGUGGCGUCGGUAUCUAUCGACUUCAUCAAGCGCAUUGUUGGUCUUGGUGGUGAUUUAAACCUGCAGGACAGUGACGGAAAAACUGCGUUGAUGCAUGCGGUGUUAUUUUUUCCACAUUUAACGCGCGAGCUCAUUGAAAUCUUACGCGGAGAUUCCAUUAACGCCAUGGAUAAGUUCGGAAACACAGCCUUCAUCCACGUGGUAUUUACAAGACAUCUGACUCCUGAGACUUGCCAACAUUUUCUAGAGCUAGGAGCCAAUGUUAACAUUCCUGACGUGAAAAACAAAACAGAUCUUCUCAAGAUGAUUGAACCGAGACCGUUUCGCUAUUUCGAACAAUACUACCCGUGGAACAACUGUUUUGAAGUUCUUAACAAUAGGAAGACUUUCCCUUCCGAGAUCAUAAAUCUCGGAUCUACUCCUUCAAUACACGAUGUCUUGAAACCCCAUUUGAAACCGACUUCAGUUCGUCUCCGUCAGGCCUUAAACGAUUUAUCCGUCCUGAGAUUUCUUGUUUGCAACAGCACACUGCCCUACAUUGCAGACUUUGAGUACAGUUCUCACUCACCCGUGUCCCCCCUUUCUGUGGCACUCCAGGACUUUAAAAUCGACGCCGCACGCUACCUCAUUGUCAAUACAGUUUUCAUCGAUGGAGAUUUUAGAAGACUUCAAGAACUACUCUGCUCGUGUUGCAGUCUGCCUGAAGACGUCAGUUUGUUAAUCACGCAAGCUGUUAGCACUCCGUGGCCUCUGGUCAAGUUAGCCUUCACGACCGUGUCGACGUUAGUUGGACAUUCACACGAGAGGUCGGGUAAAAUCAACAAAUUAAAACUUCCCAAAAAGAUCGAAGACAUGCUGCUGUAUCAAAGUCCGAUCUCUAAAAUCCCCGUCUUCGAUUGGCAUAGGAUUCCUCUGAGCUUUGAUCUGACAGUCUAUGAGAACUUACCAUAUCCAAGACCGUUGUUGUACCAGUGGCCUUUUGGGAUUGACCUCGUUUUCACGCUGAACAACACAUGGCCACCAUAUAAAUACCCUUUAACAAAGUGAUUUAAGAUAUCAUUACAUUAGUUUUGUCUGUCUUGAAAUGAAAAUUUCUCACAAGUAUAUUACAGAUAGAAAAUCUUUUUCUAAUGCCGUGUCUUAUACUCAAUCAUGGUUGGUUCAAGAAUGAAUUAUUCAUGAAAUUUAUUCGAAAUAGCCAACAAACAUUUUUGUAAUAACCCUCAGUAGAAAGAAAUAUAAAAAGAACGUAAACUGAACUACGAACACGCCAGUGUAUCGAUUGUCUGUGAUCGUCUGGUGGUCCUAGUAAAAAUGUGAUCAUUCUUAUAAGAACUGCAAUAUAGUAAUUGUUGUCUCUUUUGAGUGACCACUUUUGGCUACUAAAAUAAAG